GGGAGUAGCCUGGACCGUACCGAUGUGUUCACUAGGUAGGGGGAGCCCUUGGAAAAUUAUAGACCAGAGGUUGACAUGGUGAACCCUGGAAGCAAAGAAUAGUGAAAAUGUAAUUUAUAUUUGUCCUAAAAUGGAAGUAAUGAGGAAAUUAACUCAUGCUUCUAGCUUCGAUAGGAAUGUGAUAGAGAAUUUCCCCUGCAGGUGCUUCGUAUGGUGCGCUCCGCUGGAUCACGUGAGCCAGUUCCAAGAUGGCGGCAGGGGUGGCCGGGUGGGGGGUUGAGGCAGAGGAGUUCGAAGAUGCGCCUGAUGUGGAGCCGCUGGAGCCUACGCUUAGCAACAUCAUCGAGCAGCGCAGCCUGAAGUGGAUCUUCGUCGGGGGCAAGGGUGGAGUGGGCAAGACCACCUGCAGCUGCAGUCUGGCAGUCCAGCUCUCCAAGGGGCGUGAGAGUGUGCUGAUCAUCUCCACAGACCCAGCUCACAACAUCUCAGAUGCUUUUGACCAGAAGUUCUCAAAGGUGCCUACUAAGGUCAAAGGCUAUGACAACCUCUUUGCUAUGGAGAUUGACCCCAGCCUGGGUGUGGCGGAGCUGCCUGACGAGUUCUUCGAGGAGGACAACAUGCUGAGCAUGGGCAAGAAGAUGAUGCAGGAGGCCAUGAGCGCAUUUCCCGGCAUCGAUGAGGCCAUGAGCUAUGCCGAGGUCAUGAGGCUGGUGAAGGGCAUGAACUUCUCGGUGGUGGUGUUUGACACGGCACCCACGGGCCACACACUGAGGCUGCUCAACUUCCCCACCAUCGUGGAGCGGGGCCUGGGCCGGCUUAUGCAGAUCAAGAACCAGAUCAGCCCUUUCAUCUCACAGAUGUGCAACAUGCUGGGCCUGGGGGACAUGAACGCAGACCAGCUGGCCUCCAAGCUAGAGGAGACUCUGCCCGUCAUCCGCUCAGUCAGCGAGCAGUUCAAGGACCCUGAGCAGACAACUUUCAUCUGCGUAUGCAUUGCUGAGUUCCUGUCCCUGUAUGAGACAGAGAGGCUGAUCCAGGAGCUGGCCAAGUGCAAGAUCGACACGCACAAUAUCAUUGUCAACCAGCUUGUCUUCCCUGACCCCGAGAAGCCCUGCAAGAUGUGUGAGGCCCGCCACAAGAUCCAGGCCAAGUAUCUGGACCAGAUGGAGGACCUGUAUGAAGACUUCCACAUCGUGAAGCUGCCGCUGUUACCCCAUGAGGUGCGGGGGGCAGACAAGGUCAACACCUUCUCGGCCCUCCUCCUGGAGCCCUACAAGCCCCCCAGUGCCCAGUAGCACAGCUGCCAGCCCCAACCGCUGCCAUUUCACACUCACCCUCCACCUUCCCCACCCCCUCGGGGCAGAGUUUGCACAAAGUCCCCCCCAUAAUACAGGGGGAGCCACUUGGGCAGGAGGCAGGGAGGGGUCCAUUCCCCCUGGUGGGGCUGGUGGGGAGCUGUAGUUGCCUCCUACCUCUCCCACCUCUUGCUCUUUAAUAAAAUGAUGUUAAACUGC